GUACGCCCAUUGGAUGCCCGAAUAAUUCGGCAGGACGAUAGAAGAACGAGUGUCACGUUGAUUGCGAAAAAAUCUUUGAAAUCGUUUGUCACGCAUAUCCGAUUACUUGGAAUACGUCAGGAUACGUUAUGUGCGUAAUUUAGCGACUCGUCCUGCGACACGUGCGCGACGACACUGCCCGGUCGUGGGGUUGCGCAGGAGUCGUUGUUAAAUUCGCAUCAGCCACGCAUAUUUUUCGUGUUUGACUAUGUCAACCUAAUACGUCAACUUGUGUGCUUAUGUACAUAUUUGACCAUCAAAUAAUCCGAUUAACGUGAAUUUAUGCGCCACCGAAAACUUCAAGUGUUCACCUACCGUACCAAACUAUCCUGAUACUUUUAUUCAGAUGAGGAUGUAAUACAGUUGCGUGUAUCGUUAGUUUCUAUUUUGAAAUUUAUCCCUGUAAGUUUAUUGUCUAUUACGAAGCUUCGUGAAAUUUUCCAUGGCAAUUAUACCACUAAUAGUUGCUUUAGUAUCGUUAAUUGACAUUGAAUUUCUGGGGCAGCUACUGUGCCGUCCGUAAUCCAACGCUCGCGACCUCGUUGAUUUCGAUGCUCGAUACUGACUCGCCCUUGAGCGUUGGAUGACUGAUUUUUAGGGAGGAUAUAGAUCAAUGCUUUCUCAAUUUUUGUGUCGAUCGAGAUAGAGAAUGUAUCGAUCGUUCACCCCGGAAAUCACAAGACCGUCCGUUCCGACGCGGUAGACUCAGAUACGCACACUUUGACGGAGUCUGCAAAUUUUUGCAAUACAAUUCCGCGAAAAAUUUCGAAACUUACGCAGAUUCUCUCAGAUAGUAUGUAGUCUUCGCUGACGAAAUUCUGUUGAAAAAGGUUCGAUAAAAUCGGCAGGAAACAAAAUGAUCAUUAAAACAUCGGGUGCCACUCGCUCGGGCCUUCCAUGAGCGCCAGUAGCAAACACUGUAGGGUCUCUCUCCAUGGUCCGCGCUCCAAUAUAGUAUUCAGCCGUUUCCGACGCUCAGGCACCAUUUGAACACCAACCCUUAGGUGAGCAGCACGUCAUUUUGGAGUCAAAACGUAGACUCAACAAAAGUGUCAUACUUUACGUAUAUAUACAUCCGUAUUGCACGGAUACAUAAUCCUUGAUAUAUUUGAUUCAAGUGGACAAUAAAUAUCAAUCAUUUACGUUACUUCACUGUAUUCUGAAAUGGCAGACAAGGCAGCUUCGCCGGCGGUGCCCGCCAGUCCUACGGCAGAUGGUUCCGAAGCCCCGGCAACGCCAGCAAAGAAGGGCGCAGCUGCAGCUAAGGCUAAAAAACCACGUGUAAAACCGACGCAUCCGCGUACCGCGGAAAUGGUGAACGCCGCUAUUGCGAGUCUGAAGGAACGGGGUGGUUCGUCGCUGCAAGCGAUCAAGAAAUAUAUUGUGGCUACGUACAUGGUCGACGCAGAGAAACAUGCGCCAUUCAUUAAAAAAUAUUUGAAGACUGCAGUGACAACGGGAAUUUUGACACAGACCAAAGGCAAGGGUGCUUCGGGAUCAUUUAAAAUAGCUGCGAAGACAGAUGCGCCGAAAGCAAGAUCGCCGACUGCAGCUAAACCAGCUAAGGCAGCUGCACCCAAGAAGAAAGCGGCAGCGGCAGCAGCAGCACCAGCGACAGCUGCGUCGCCGGUCGCCCCUGCAAAGAAACCAAAAGUAACCAAAAAGGCACCAACGGUCAAAAAAGUCGCCGAAGCUACGGCGGAGAAACGUCCAAAAGCUGCUAAAACUCCGGCUAUAAAAUCACCAAAGGCAAAGAGUCCGUCGAAGGCAAAAAAGGCGGUCAAAUCACCAACUGCCAAACCAAAAGCUCCGAAACCGAAAAAAGCACCAGCAGCAACUGCGACUGCCCCUGCUGCAUCAAAGGCUGUUAAGGGUUCACCAAAAAAAGCAGCUGCAUCGAAAAAGAAGUGAGCGCAUUUCAAAAUAGAGUUUGAACUGCGGGAGAAACUUGAGAGAAGAUGAUACGAACGGCCCUUAUCAGGGCCAAAAAUCGAAUUUCAUGCAAUUGGAACGAUAUACGUAGACCUACGAAUGAAAGAUCAUAUUUGCACUCUUUGUUUUUAGGGUAUAUUUGCAGACUUGUGAUCAACGAUCACGCUGCAUUAUUAUAAUUUUAAAACGCUCGGGUAGUUGAUUCGAGAGAUGAUUGGAAGUACUUUGAACGUAUGUUAGAUUGUAUCUUUUAUAGACGUAUGCAAAAGAAUUGUUGAUGUCUAGAUACGUAUUUUCCAAGCUCAGGAAGAUCAGAAAGUAAUUAGGUCCGAUAGCUAGAAUGGGAUUACACGUACCGGUUUUAUUCGC